AUGUUCUCCAAGCAGGCUGUCGCUCUCGCUCUGGCCGUGGCCACCGCUGAGGCCGCCUACCAGGGUUUCAACUACGGCUCUACCAACGUCGACGGUAGCUCCAAGUACGAGGCUGACUUCAAGACCGAGUUCCAGACCGCCAAGAACCUCGUUGGCACCGACAAUGGCUUCACCAGUGCCCGUCUUUACACUAUGAUUCAGGGUGGUACCACUGCCGACCCCAUUCAGGCUAUUCCCGCCGCCAUUGCCGAGGACACUUCCCUUCUCCUCGGUCUCUGGGCCUCCGGCGGCAAUAUGGCCAACGAGAUCACUGCCCUCAAGGCUGCUAUCAGCGCGUACGGCUCGUCUUUCGGCGACAAGGUCGUUGGUAUCUCCGUUGGCAGUGAGGAUAUGUACCGCAACUCUGUCACUGGCUCCAAGUCCAACGCUGGUCCCGGUCUUGAGCCUGAAGUCCUCGUCGAGUACAUCAAGGAGGUCCGCGCUGCCAUUGCGGGCACCAGCCUGAGCGGUGCCUCCAUCGGUCACGUCGACACCUGGGAUGCCUGGACCAACAGCUCCAACGCCGCUGUCGUUGACGCUCUCGACUGGCUUGGCUUCGAUGGCUACCCCUUCUACCAGCUCACCGACUCCAACAGCAUCGACAAUGCCAAGGCUUUGUUCGAUGAGUCCGUCGCCAGGACUCAGGCGAUCGCUAACGGCAAGGAGGUCUGGAUUACCGAGACCGGCUGGCCCGUCAGCGGUCCCUCUGAGAAUGAGGCUGUUGCUUCCAUUGCCAACGCCCAGCAGUACUGGGACCAGGUUGCCUGUCCCCUUCUCGGCCAGACCAACACCUGGUGGUACUUGCUCGCCGAUGCCGGUGCCUCCACCAGCUUCGGUGUCUCCUCCAGCACCUCCGACACCACCCCUCUGUACAACCUCCGCUGCAACACCACCUCUAGCACCAGCUCCAGCUCUGCUGCUGCCUCCUCCGCCACCGGUUCUUCCUCUGGCUCUGCCGCUGGCAGCAGCACCGGUUCUUCCUCUGGCUCUGUGAUGGGCGGCAGCACCGGUUCUUCCUCUGGCUCUGCCGCUGGCAGCAGCACCGGUUCUUCCUCUGGCCCUGCCGCUGGCAGCAGCACAGGUUCUUCCUCUGGCCCUGCCGCUGGCAGCAGCACCGGUUCUUCCUCUGGCUCUGCCGCUGGCAGCAGCACCGGUUCUUCCUCUGGCUCUGCCGCUGGCAGCAGCACCGGUUCUUCCUCUGGCUCUGCUAUGGGCGGCAGCACCGGUUCUUCCUCUGGCUCUGCCAUGGGCAGCAGCACCUCCGGCGGUAUCAUCGCCGCUCACAACGGCACCCGCCCUGUUGGCUUCCACUCCACUGUCUCUUCCACCCCUCUCGCUUCUGCCACCAAGGCCGCUAGCACCUCUGGCUCUUCCUCCGGUUCGGGCUCUUCUGCUUCCGGCAGCUCCUUCGGCGCUGGCUCCAACUUCGGUACCUCCAGCUCUGCCUCCGCUUCUUCUUCCCCUGUGUUCAACUCUGCCACCCGCUCCACCGGCUCUGCCUUCGGCGCCAUUGUCGCCGCCAUUUUCCUCGGCAUUGCUGUCUAA